AUGUUUCUCCCCAUUUGGGGAAUACGCGGUCCCCCCAUAAUUUUUGUAAAAUUCUUCUCCUAUAAGCCCGACAGUUUCUCGAUUUUUUCCGUGUAUCGGAAUGACGAACUAAUGGAAUCGUCCUCUUUCAACAAGAAGCACAAGAUGUCUUUAAUUUCAGCAAAUGCAACAGAUAAGAUCGAUUCCCUCGUCCCCGAGGAGGAGUUGCGUCUCUUUAGGGAGAAACGCCAGCAGAGCCCACGUACUUGGGAUUUUUCGGUUGUUCCGGGGUUUUUCCAUCAGUCAAACCCUGAUACUGAUGACACGGUCUUCAAUGGUCCGAAGGUGCAUUUUGGGUUGGCAAAGCACUCAUGGAGUGAAUUGGUUUGCGAUUUGAAGAAACUCAACGAGGAAGCGCCAGAAGGUGUUACCUAUAGGUUAGUUUUCUGUGCGAGACACGGCCAAGGGUAUCACAAUGUUGCUGUUGAAGAGUUUGGAUUGAAGGCAUGGGAUGAUCAUUAUUCACAUUUGAACAGUGCCGUUACAGCGGAUGGGAAAGAGUUGGUCUGGGGGCCAGACCCAUUUCUGACUGAGGUUGGUGAGAGACAGGCCAAAUGGAUGAACGAGCUCAUCACCGAGGAGAUGCAACAUGGCUUCCCAACAAUCACAAAGCUAUACUCGUCUCCAUUCACCAGAUCAUUGCAGACCUUGACAAUGACCUUGGAUGGCAUUGCCAUGAGGAAAAAUAGCAAGGAAGACGGCAGAUGGUUGACUCCCCUAGUUGUCGAGAAUCUAAGAGAGACCAUCGGUGGUCAUACAUGUGACAAACGUUCCAGCAAAUCCAUCAUUCAAGAGAGAUUCCAAGGUUGGAAUCUUAAAUUUGAGGAGGGAUUCCAAGAGGAGGAUGUCUUGUGGAAGCCAGAUUGGAGAGAAUCCAUACACGAGAUUGCCCUGCGUGGUGACCGCUUCUUGCAGAUGAUGUUCGACGAUACUGAAAGUAGCGAUAUCAUCUACACCACGUCUCAUUCCGGUAUGAUCAAGGCUUUGCUAAUGGCAGCAAAUCAUCGUCAAUUUGUGGUCCCUACCGCCGGUAUGAUUCCAAUGUUGGUCAAGGGUGUUCGUAUUUGA